UUCUCGCUCGCCUUCUGUUGAAAUCCGCGCGCCUCAGAGUGCAUUCACUCGCGCUGUACAAUUCUCACGUCAUCAAGUAAACAAGUUUUCCACACACGGAACACGAAGUGUAGUUGUGUUUUAUAACAUUUGACUGUAAAAUUUUAUAAAAGUGAUCCACUUGUUAGAAAAUCUUAAAAAUAAAUUAUUCAAGGAAAUAUUUGACAAAUUGGCAAGUUUCGUGCACCAGUUUUGAAACAUUAAGAAAACAGUGUAAAGGUUAAAUUUCGUCAUAAUGGACGCUACCAUGGAAAACAAAAUGGGCUUACCACCGCCGUACGAGCAAAUGCCACCGAACCCUGCUCCGCCGCCGUCCUACUUCGCCACCGCCCCACCACCAACCGCUACAGUCGCCGUGCCCCCCCGAACUGUCGUAGUCACUUCGAACACUGAAACGAACCCAACUUCGAUAAAACUGGGCCCUGGCCGUACGGGAAUUAUGUGCCCAAACUGCCACCAGUCGAUAGUGACAAGAGUCCAUUACGUAUCUAAUAAUCGGACGCAUAUCGUAUCAGCUGGUCUUUGUAUAAUUGCUGGAUGCUGCUGUGGUUGUUUCAUCCCAUACUGUAUGAAAUCCUGCAAAACCGCAAAUCACUACUGUCCGAAAUGUAGAGCCUUUAUUGGCUCUCAUGUACCAUCGUGAUUAUAUUCAUUUACUGGAGAUCAAACAAAAUAUAUGUAUGAUAAACAGCUAAUAUGUACCUGCUAAGAGGUACCUAAAGAUAUGGCUUAAGUAAAUAGUAGCCAACGAAACCUUUCGAAUUUACCUUGAUAACCUUUCGCUAUAUGUUAAUAACUACAUUACCUAUAUAAGGUUACGGAGAGAUAUUUCUGAACUGCAGUCAUACGCGGUAAAUUACGAAAAAUAUGUUUGCCAUAUUCCGUUCAGCAUUAACUGCUAUUGUGUUUUUCUCAUUCAAAAAUAUCCCCGAAUAGUUUUUAACAGUUAAAGGAAGUCAGAAAGUAUGCGAAUAAUUC